AUGGAGCUCCAGGCCAUUGAGGAGGUAGCGGACCGAUCCCGAAAUUUAAAGGGAAGCUUCGCCCAGGGAUUAAGAUUAGCCAUGCGUAAUCUCAAAGCAGCGGCCGCCGAACUUGCUAGGAGGUCCGCUGCCGAUGACAUUAUCGCAAAGUUGGAGAAAGAAAACGCUGAAAUGCGUUCGGCGCUCUCAAGCUUAACCAUAAAGACGGAAAAACUAACGGAAGAAAUAAAGCGUUUCCGCGAACAGUCUAAUGCAGACUUUAUUAACGUGCCUGGAAAUUCAGCGCAAGUUACAAAGCACUCUCGUGGACAGAACGACUUAAUGGAGCAUAUUGGGAUGCUGAUCGAGAGUAAGCUCGUGGCAUUCGAGGCCAGGUUAUUUCCCGAUAAAGCUAUAUCCGCCCACCAUUGGGAGCAAAAAUUA